UUAGUUCUCUUUUUUAGUAUACACAAACUCAAAAAAACCAGCAAAAAAGAAAAACACAAAACACCCAAAUGAAACUAACCACCCCAUCAUGUGUUAAAUUUCUAUUCUAUCUUCUUAUGAUAUUGUUCAUAAUCCUCAACCAUGCAAACUCUCAGUCUCCGUUGCAUGAUCAAGAACAUGAAGUCCUAUUGAAGAUAAAGCAAUACCUUGAAAACCCACCAUUCCUUAGUCACUGGACCCCAUCAAACUCUUCUCAUUGUUCUUGGCCAGAGAUCACUUGCACCAAUGGCUCUGUCACUGGAUUGGCUUUGGUUGACACCAACAUCAAUCAAACAUUGCCACCUUUCAUAUGUGACCUCACAAAUCUCAAACAUGUUGAUUUCAACUUGAAUUUCAUUCCUGGGGAGUUCCCAACAUCUCUCUACAAUUGUUCCAAGUUGGAGUACCUUGACCUUUCAAUGAACAACUUUGUUGGUAAGAUUCCUAAUGACAUUGAUCGCUUGUCCAAUUUGCAGUAUCUUAAUCUUAGUUACAACAACUUCAGUGGUGACAUUCAUGUGAGUAUUGGAUGGCUGAAGGAACUGAGAUAUCUUGCACUUCAAGCUUGUCUGUUUAAUGGAAACUUCCCUGAUGAGAUUGGAAACUUGUCCAAUCUUGAAACCUUGGAUUUGUCCUCUAACAACAUGUUCAUUCCUUUGAGGUUGCCCACGAACUGGACCAAGUUGAACAAGUUGAAGGUGUUUUAUAUGUAUGACUGCAACUUGGUUGGGGAAAUCCCUGAAUCAAUUGGACAAAUGGUGGCUUUGGAGAAAUUGGAUAUAUCACAAAACGGUUUAACUGGAAAAAUUCCUGGUGGUUUAUUCAUGCUGAAGAAUCUGAGCAUAAUGUUUCUUUCCAGAAACAGUCUUUCUGGGGAGUUACCUGGGGUAGUUGAAGCAUUGAAUUUGACUAUUAUUGAUCUUGCACGGAAUGAUCUUUCAGGGAAAAUACCAGAUGAUUUUGGAAAGCUCCAAAAGUUGACAGGGUUGAGUUUACCUCUCAAUAACUUUUCAGGGGAGAUACCAGAAAGCAUAGGCCUUCUACCAUCUCUGGUAGAUUUUCAUGUCUUUUUCAACAACUUAUCAGGUACUCUUCCUCCUGAUUUUGGCCUCUACUCAAAGCUUCAAACCUUUCUGAUUGCAUCUAAUAGUUUUAUUGGAAGGCUACCUGAGAAUUUAUGCUAUCAUGGUGAGUUACUUAAUUUAACUGUUUAUGAAAAUAAUCUGAGUGGUGAGUUGCCAGAAUCACUUGGAAAUUGCAGUAGCCUGCUUGAUCUGAAAAUUUACAGUAAUGAGUUUUCUGGUAACAUUCCCAGUGGACUUUGGACUUCCAAUUUGGUAAAUUUCAUGGUAAGACAGAAUAAGUUCACUGGUGAGCUUCCUGAAAGAUUGUCUUCAAGCAUUACACGCUUUGAGAUAAGUUACAAUCAGUUUUAUGGUAGAAUUCCAGCUGGAGUAUCUUCAUGGACUAAUGUGGUAGUGUUUAAUGCCAGUAAGAACCACUUUAAUGGAAGUAUUCCACAAGCGCUAACAGCUCUUCCCAAGUUAAUAACUCUGUUGCUUGAUCAGAACCAACUGAGUGGGCCACUUCCAUCAGUUAUAAUAUCGUGGAAGUCCCUAAUAAAUCUAAAUUUGAGCCAAAACCAAAUCUCUGGACAAAUCCCAGAUGCAAUUGGUAGGUUACCUGUCCUUGUUCAACUUGAUUUGUCAGAAAAUCAAUUAUCUGGCAAAAUUCCUUCUCUGCUUCCCAGACUCACAAAUUUCAAUCUAUCCUCCAAUCAUUUGACAGGGAGGAUACCAAGUGAAUUUGAAAAUUCUGAGUAUUCUAGCAGUUUUUUGAACAAUCCUGGCCUGUGUGCUGAUACCCCAGCACUGAACCUUACCUUGUGCAAUUCUAGCCCUCAAAGUCCAAGCAAGGACUCAUCUUGGUCUCUUUCUUUGAUUAUAAGCCUGGUGGCAGUGGCCUGCUUAUUGGCUUUGUUGACAUCACUGUUUGUUAUCAGACUUUGCAGAAGAAGAAAGCAAGCACUGGAUAGCUCAUGGAAGCUCAUUUCCUUUCAAAGGCUGAAUUUCACUGAAUCUAGCAUAGUGUCAAAAAUGACAGAAAAUAAUAUUAUUGGCAGUGGUGGAUAUGGUACUGUGUACCGUGUUGCCGUUGAUGGUUUAGGCUAUGUUGCUGUGAAAAAGAUUUGGGAAAACAAAAGGUUAGACAAGAAUCUUGAGAGCUCAUUUCAUACUGAAGUUAGAAUAUUGAGCAACAUUCGUCAUAAUAACAUUGUGAAGUUAUUGUGCUGUAUCUCCAACAAGGAUUCUAUGCUCCUUGUCUAUGAGUAUUUGGAAAACCAUAGCCUUGAUAGGUGGCUGCACAAGAAAAGCAAGCCAUCAACUGUGUCAGGUUCAAUUCAUCAUUUUGUUCUUGAUUGGCCAAAGAGAUUGCAUAUAGCCAUUGGAGCUGCCCAAGGUUUGUGCUACAUGCAUCAUGAUGUUUCACCACCUAUUGUUCAUAGAGAUGUGAAAACAAGUAACAUUCUCUUGGAUUCUCAAUUCAAAGCAAAAGUUGCUGAUUUUGGUCUGGCUAGGAUGUUAAUCAAGCCUGGGGAACUUGCCACCAUGUCAACUGUGAUUGGUUCAUUUGGCUAUAUGGCUCCAGAAUAUGUUCAAACAACUCGAGUCAGUGAAAAGAUUGAUGUCUUCAGCUUUGGAGUUAUCCUAUUGGAACUGACAACUGGUAAACAAGCUAAUUAUGGUGAUGAGCACUCAUCUCUUGCAGGGUGGGCUUGGCGCCACAUUCAUGAAGGAAGCAAUAUAGAAGAGCUACUAGACAAUGAUGUCACGGAACCAAGUUACUUGGAUGAAAUGUGUAACGUUUUCAAACUUGGGGUCAUGUGUACUUCAACACUUCCUGCUAGUAGACCUUCAAUGAAGGAGGUCUUGCAAGUAUUGCUCAGUUGUAGAGAACCAUUUGCUUAUGGAGAGAGGAAUAUUGGCCACUAUGAUGUUGUUCCUCUUCUUAGAAAUUCAAAAAGGGAGCACAUGUUGAAUGUUGAUGAUGACAGCUAGCUAAGUAUCAUGUUGGAUGUUAGAGUCUGUGAAACACAGCCACAUGAUUACAGAUUUAGAAUAUCAUUACUGUAUGGAACAUGACAUAAAAUAGAAGCACCUUGUAACAUGUAAAUGCAUU